GCCAGCUGAGCUUCAGGUCAGAGACUGGGCCGCAGCAGUUUCGAGAGUUUUCAGACCAGCAAGCGCGGAAAAGUUUUGACAAGCAGACCUUUGCGUGCGGCUCCCGUCAGCAGCAGCCCCAGCCUGUGCGGACCCUUCCUGCGGGUGAGAGGCUGUACAAUCCUCGGCAGUGUUCUGAGACUGUACGGCCCCCGAUCCCCCUACAAGCCUGGACGCUCACAGCCAGCCGGGUGUUAUGGACUAACCAACAGGUUUCAUCUGUCCAAAAAAAAAAAAAAAACUCCUUUUGACUGUAAAGUUGGACUUAAGUUGUAGGCUGUCGGGAAAUUACAACACUGUUAUCGUGCAUAAGAGAAAAACAUGACGGCCGAUAAGGAGAAAAAGAGGAGCAGCUCAGAGCGGCGUAAGGAGAAGUCUCGGGAUGCAGCUCGCUGCAGGCGCAGCAAAGAGACGGAGGUUUUCUACGACCUUGCUCAUCAACUGCCUUUGCCUCAUAGCGUCAGCUCUCACCUGGACAAGGCCUCCAUCAUGAGGCUGGCUAUCAGCUUCCUGCGCACACGCAAGCUACUCGCUGCAGGCUGUAGCAGCAGCAGCAGUGAUGGCGAUGAGGACAGACAGAUGGACAGCCUGUACCUAAAGUCUCUGGAGGGCUUCAUUACCGUGGUAACGUCAGACGGCGACAUGAUAUUCCUGUCCGAGAACAUCAACAAAUUCAUGGGGCUCACGCAGGUGGACCUCACCGGUCACAGCAUCUUUGACUUCACCCAUCCAUGUGAUCACGAGGAGAUCAGGGAAAAUCUCAGCCUGAAGACAGCUGGCAGUGGCUUCAGUAAAAAAGGUAAAGAGCUGAGCACUGAACGAGAUUUCUUCAUGAGGAUGAAAUGCACGGUGACCAACAGAGGACGCACCGUCAACCUUAAGUCCGCCAGCUGGAAGGUGCUGCAUUGCACCGGACAACUGAAGAUGUACAACAGCUGCCCUCAGCGAGGACUGUGUGGCUUCAAAGAGCCUCCGCUCACAUGCGCUGUCCUGAUGUGCGAACCCAUCCCACACCCUUCCAACAUCGAUACACCAAUGGACAGCAAGACCUUCCUGAGCAGACACAGCAUGGAUAUGAAGUUCACCUACUGUGAUGAGAGGGUAACAGAGUUGAUGGGUUAUACUCCUGAGGAUCUGCUGGGUCGCUCAGUCUACGACUUUUACCACGCCCUGGACUCAGACAGCGUCACCAAGAGCCACCACAACUUGUGUACCAAGGGUCAGGCAGUGAGCGGUCAGUAUCGUAUGCUGGCUAAGAACGGAGGCUUCGUGUGGGUGGAAACACAGGGAACUGUUAUUUACAACAGCCGCAACUCCCAGCCCCAGUGCAUCGUGUGCAUAAACUAUGUCCUCAGUGACAUUGAGGAGAAGGCGACUAUUUUCUCUUUGGAGCAGACAGAGUCCCUGUUUAAGCCACGCCACAUGAGCAGCUUCUUCACUGCUGGAUGUGCAGGCAUGACUGGAGAGCCGGAAGAUGUCCUCUUCACCAAACUCAAAGAGGAGCCGGAGGACCUUGCCCAGCUGGCUCCAACACCCGGAGACACAAUCAUUUCCCUCGACUUCGGUCGCAAUAAGUUUGAGGAGCCCCAGCAGCCAGCUGGAUAUACCCAGGUGUCUGCCACAGCUAUGCCACCCCCGGGACCUCCGUCCUGGACCAGCGAGAGCCACAAGCCUGCCCCUCCAGCAUCAGGCCAAACCCCGGCUCCAGUUCCAAGGGACAUGUCUAACAUGGCCAGUACAUUCACUAUGCAGCAGAAUCCGCCAAUGGGCAGCCCCACUCCGAGCCUCAGCAGCUGCUCCACGCCCAGCAGCCCAGGUGAUUACUACAGCUCCGUGGAGAGUGACCUGAAGGUGGAGCUGACCGAGAAGCUUUUUGCCCUGGACACAGAGGGCAACAGCAGUCCUGCAAACACUGAGAGGGACCUGAGUGACUUAGACCUGGAGACUUUGGCUCCUUACAUUCCCAUGGAUGGCGAGGACUUUCAGCUGAAUCCUAUCAUCCCAGAGUCAGAGCCCCUGGAGCUGGGUCAAGCGGGAUCCAUGGGGAGCAACAGCAGCCUCACCCAAAAACCACAGAGCUUCAGCAACAUCGCCAGCCUCUUCCAGCCCCUGUCCUCCCCUCCUCAGUCCCAAGGCCACUACCAGCACCAGACAGCUGCAUCCUGGGCUGCAAGGGAGAAGAGAGGCUCCAGCCAGCGGAAUGUGGACCCCCGUGCAGGGUCAUGCAUGAUAGGGCACAUGCAGAAUCCCCCAUACCAGGCACCAGCCAGCACCCCUCUGUCCUCCAUGGGUGGGAGGCAGAAUCUGCAGUGGCCACCAGACCCACUGUUAACCUAUCAACAACAACCACGUGCCACCAAGGCCUACCUGAUGGACACGUUGGCAGGAGAGGAGCGUCUGUCCUACCAGCAGAGCAUGCCACAUCUCAUGCAGAAACAGAGGUCCAUUGACAACUUUGUACAAGCCUACAGAGACAUGAGUCCAGCCAGAGUGUCCAUGACCAACAGUAUCAAGCGCUCCUUCACCCAGAUGGCUUCGGAUGAAAAUAAGCCGUCUGAAAUCAUCUGGAAGAAGAUGAGGGAUGACAGUUGUGCCACCAUGGAUCGCUCCCUCAGUGCAGGAUCACUGGCAGAGUCAGGGAUGGGGAGGAUGGUGUCAGGCAGCAUGUCCUCAUCUAUGAGCUCUCUGCAGCAACACAGGAAGUCUCAGUAUCCCGGAAAUGGGAUAGGUGGCGCAAAUGAGAAACCCUUUCCCCAAAAGAGCUGCAACUACACACAGUAUAACAUGAUGCCUUCUAACAAGACUGAGGGUAUUGCCAGUCGUCUGCUGGGCACUUCGUUUGAGUCCUCCUGUCUGCCGCAGUUGACCCGUUACGACUGUGAGGUCAACGUCCCACUGCAGGGCAACCUGCACCUCCUCCAGGGCUGUGACCUGCUGAGAGCCCUGGACCAGGCCACCUAAAGCUCCAGAUUCAAACCCCGCCAUAGACCCAGACUUACUCCUAGCCCGGGACAUAAGCCUUUUUUACCUUUGUACCUCUGGGCUCUCUAAGAGUCCUAAGGGUUAAGCUACCUAUGGGGAAUGGUAUACAUAACCACAUCCUGUCUUAUUUAGCUUAUUUGGCUCAGCCCCACACCCCUGUCCCCAUAUAGCUCUGUACCUAGACCACCUAAACAAGCUACAAUGUUAGGGUCAAGCCACUUUACACCCCUUUUUUCCCCAAGCUCUCGACUCAAAUCAGAUGCAGGUUGACCACCAGUUCAAGAAAAUUCCCAUGCAUUGAGCUACCCACACACAAGACCCACAUAUAUAAGGUAACAUGGGUCACUUGGUGAAAAAAGGUCAAGGCGCGACAAUAAACUAACAGAGUACAAAGUGAUGCAACACUCUGUCUGACCUGCGUCAAAAAGUUGUGACACUGGGAUUUAUUGCUGGUUUGGUAUCUUCUCUCACAGGUCAGCUCUGUGUUUGGAAACACAGGUUGGGUCUUUGGUGUAAAAAAGGUGUUGGUGUGGGGUUAAAACACACAGUAUGCCUUAAAGACCAGCUCUGCCCAAACAUCUACAGUCAAACACAUUGACCACCAGCGGUCUCCUGCUAAGGCUAAGCAAGGUGGGAAUCCACAGCCAGGCUAAAUAUUGGUAUAUGAUUCCAACCGACAACCUGUGUCUUAUCCAGAACUGGUCUCCGUCAAAGACCUACACCCUGAUAUGAACUCUAUGCAGCUCAGUUCCUAGCCCUACCUUCCCUUCAUUAUCUUAACUCAUUUAGCUCAGUGGAGGAGAAGAUAUUAUACUACCUACACAUUAACAGAGACACUGUGUUCUUUCACUUCAUGUUUUUGACCAGCAGUUAGAUCCAGUGCACUUUUUCAGUUCCAAUCAAAGCAUCAAGCAAGAGUUAGAUAUCAUGAAAUAGCUCUGAAAUGUAACCAUUUUAAAAUGUGUAUGGACAAAGGAUUUUCUACAAAACAUGCACUUUGAUUUUGCUUAUUGAUUCCCCCCAAAAACGUGAUAGUGCUGACACAUUUUCCCCUUUGAACCUUUUAAAAUGUGGCAUUUGAAUCAUUUUUAGAGGUCAAAGGAAAUAAUACUAUUUAUUCACACAAAACAAGCAGAAAUUAGACAAAAGUCUGAAAAAAUAAAUACAAUAUUGUCUGCAAGAACAGCAUCUUCUUUUCUCCUAUCCCCUUUAUCAUAUUACAACCAUUUGCAAUAAGCUAUAGUAAUGCAGGGUUGUUGAUAACUGAAAAGAUAUAGCUCCCGGAUCAGAUAAUGCUAGCUUUCAAUGUUUAAACUCACGUAAAAACAACAUUUAACUUUUUUAUAUCAAGCCUGCUUAAGAUAAUGAUUUUUUUUUUAGAAGCUCUGAUUUAAUUUCAUUCACAAAAGAAAAGCUAAAGCUCAGGAUAUGAUGAGAAUCAGAAUCAAUAAGCCAAAUCAAAAUUAUUCCCAACUCUGAUUAAGCCUUUUCCACAUAUACAUACAAUUAUACAGUCAUCAACCUGCCUCAUCUUGCCUGAAUCCAUCCCAGUCACUGCAGCAUCAUCAUCUGCUCUGUAGUGCAGUUUGGUCAUUCAGGAGUCUGUUUCUCACAAUAUAAAGUGGCUCACAGUAACAUUACAUCUGUUUGGGUCAACUUUAAUGACAUAUGCAUUAUAUUGUUUAUUUUUAUUCUUAUCAUUAGUCUAUUUUUCUGUCAUUGAAUUGAGAAUCUAUUUUAACUUUUAUCAAAUCUCCCCACUUUGUUUAAUCCAAAUCGACGGGACACUUUACCAUAUCAAUACUGCUUUGUUUCUCUUAUUUACUUUUUUUUUGUUCUUACUCCACCUACCAGCUUCUUUUAUUUUUGUGUCUAACUCACAGACACAAUAGUAAACAUAUAUUGCGACACAUGUACUCUACUGUAAGUUGAAUAAUGUUAAGUUUUUUUCCUGUUUUUCUUUUUUUUCCUUAAUCUUCUCUUCUUAAAUCUACGUUUGAUUUAUCUCAACAUGUUUCUUGUGUUUCUCGGUCAGGUAAGUAGCUUGUGUGACUACAGGGUUUUUUUUCUUAUUGUGCAAUUAUUUCAUUGAGCUUAGUCAGCAACAAAGCUAGCCUUAUUCACCAAACAGAUCGCUUGUACAAAGGAUCUGACUUAAACACCCAGUAAGCGUGCAUUUGAUUACAUAUUGUAGGCUUACACACACUUCACACAAUACAGAAAACCAUAAAAAUCAGUGGUGUGCAAAGGCUACGUACGGGUGGGGGAUGAUGAUGAAAAAGGGGCACCUCUCUUGAAUGCAAGUAUAUUUUUAGGUUGAUUUUUUUGCCCUUAAUGGGCGUGUUUUAGGCUCCUUAACUGCAGAUCAAGCAUAUUUUUGCCUGUUUUCUGACCUUUGUCGAAUGCAGACUUUGCAGGUUUAUAGUUUAUUUAUUCUACUGUCCCGGGUAAUGCUUGAUUGAUGCUGCAUAAUAUUUCCGGAUUAAUCGUAUUGUCUGUAAAACGAGCCCAAGGUUGCAUAUUCAAAUCUCUUGACCGCCAGUCCAAGAUAUUCAGUUUACGAUCAUAUACGACUAAGAAACACACACAACAGUGUUCCAAGUUUCACAAUUCAGUUUAAGCUACAAAUGAAAAAUCUAUUCAAUAAUUUCCAAUUCUUAAUUUAGAAAUUUUACUUAAUUAUGUUUGUCUUGUAACUAUAAUGUAACUGACUGUUGGAAUGGUAGAAAACAAUAUUUGAAAGUCAUAGUCAAAGAGAGAGUUUUAAAUUAGCUUAACUUGCAAAAUCACUGGUAUCCUCCUUUUAAGAUAACUGGAUGAUAUUUGGGGGGGAUUCGAAGGACAUUUGAGCCAAUCGCAGGGGCUAAUCAGUGCACUAGGAGAGAUCAAAAGGGCACGUUGGCUGAACAGAAUGGAAGGCAAAAAAGACACUUCAGCUUUUUACAUCAAGAAGGGCAGUGGAGGUCGCUCCCCUACGCCCUCUUUGCACAUCACUGCACAAACCAGUCUAAGAGACAGUAGCAACUACAUAACCACUUACUCAUUCAGACUAUACUUAUGUACAUAGCAGCAGCAGCCUUGGUUUCAGUGCAGUACAGCAGCCUGUGAAGUGACUUGAAAGUGGAGUGUAUGUAUUCUUUAGGAUUAGGACAAGGCCAGUUUUUCUUACAGUUAACAAGAUGGAGUGGCUGCCAAUAUCAGAAAGCUUUGAGCUAGAGUAGGUCAGAACUUUUGUUUUUUAAACGACAAAUAUUUCACCCAAAUGAUGUCAGUAUAACAUCGACAGUAUGCCUUCAGUGAAAACACAUUCUCAUAAUUUCUCUCUGUUCUCUCCUUACCUGUACUCUCAGUAUUUUUCUUGAUCUCACUAUUUUUUGAGGUAAUUGUCUUUGUGUGGUGACCACUUUUGAGUAUCAAUUAUAGAGCUUUGUACACAUAUACGUUACGUAUUUAAAGACAAAACUAAUGUCAAAGAUAGUGUUUUUAGUGUUUAUGUGUCCUGGUACUUUGUCCUUAUCUACCCCUGUAGAUGCAGAUGGAUCAGAUCCCCCGCAGUGCUGUUUCCUCUCGUGCUGUUUCUGUGUUGUGGCAUUUUGUUUUGUUUUAUCCUUAAAUGUCUUUAAUAUCUUAUUCCCUAAAAUAUCUAUGAAAUAUAUUGGCUGGGCAGUACUGUUUUUGUUGCUGCUUUAAGAAGAUAAAACAAAAUAUAACAGGAAAAACGUUUAGAUUAAAACUGAAUAUCAGUUUUCUAAGUUUUACUUUUCAGAUAUGUAGCAUUUUGAAUACUGUUAAGAAGGUGAAGUUGCCACAUAAUUAAUCAUAGUUUUCCAGUUGCAUAUAUAAAAGCAAUGGUGCUUCAUUGACCAUGUAUGUGUCAUUUUUAGAACCUUUAUUACAUCUGUUGGAUCCACUAACACUAUUUUGAUGUUCUCUGCUUUAUGUCAUGAUGGAAUUUUCUUUAAAGUGCAUUUUAAUCCAUAUAAUGUGCCUUAUCAUGGUUUUAUUGUUGUCUCAACACAUAUACUGAGUUUACCCUUCAAGUGCACAGUUUGUUCCCUGCAACCUGUAGAUGAAUUCCUGUAACUGUGGUAUAUUAUUAAAUUAAAUCCUAACUUUACAUUGUAUCUCAUUUGAAAGUUGAAAAUCUACUGAAUUUACUGAAAGAAUAGUAUAAAACCUCCCUUUGGUUUGCAGGUUUAAUUUGCAGUUUGCAAAGUUUAGUUGACACCUUAUCUGCAUCUACCAUGUUUGUUGUCAGUUAACAACCAGCCAGAAGAGCCUGAUAUUAAUGUGAGAAUAUAGUAGAAGCUAUGGAUUUGUUGUGUCGGCUUACCUUUUGUCAUGAUUAUUGACCAAUAAAAUUUGAUUGGGAAUACAGUGUUAGGGUUGGGACAAUUUUCAUAAUAACCUCUAGCUACCUUCAUAGCCUCCUCUUUAGCCAAGCUUUAUUUAAAAACUGAUAGAACAGCAUCCUAGUCAUGGAACAUACAAUAGAAGCCUUUUAGAUUAAAAUAGAACCCUAUUAAAAUCCAUUGUAGCUCCCCUGGUGAUGACGAGUCCAAAUUUGUUUAAGGUUUUUAAGGUAAUAGAUUCCCCAGCUCAUCGAACAACCUGACAGUCUGUUUGUUGAUGAAGGGGUUUUAUGUUUAGGUGAAAAAGAUUUGACUGGGCAGUAAAGGUUCUCCUGGGAAGGUCAAAGGUCAGCAGGGACAGUACUGGCUGUUGAAGUCAGUGCCUUGCUUUUGCAGAUCAAGAGGUUGCCUUAAAAAUGCCCAUUUGGCUUUUCAGUGAUGUGAAGUGAGGCUGAAGCUGUUAAAUGAAGGUUACAAGCUGAAUUUUGUGAAUUUGUAAAAACAAACAGAACAUACUCCCUUCAGCAUUUUAAUAAUUUAUGACUUGAUCAUUUAGAUAGUUUAAAUUAAAGCUGUUCAUAGGAGAGAUUCCAAUAAAAUAAGACCCAGAAAAACCCAUGAAAGACAGUGCCACACUAGUUUUAACACAGAAGCUUAAAAAAAUUAUUGUUAUUUUCAUUGUUUUGGCCCUUAAUUCUACCACACAAUCCCAUUUUCGGACCACCUUAUUUGCGACAUAAAUGGAGUGCAACAUGAUAAUUGUACUCUACAUGUGUAGAGUAAGGGUUCUAACCAAAUCUGCAAUUUAUGUAUUUUAGAGUGCUACUUUUCUGGAAGUGAAAGUACCUGGACUCUUUCACUCCCAGUGAAAGUGGAGACUAUAUUAGAGUCAAUAUCUAUGAAGAUUGAAUGCCGAUUGUAAAAAAAAAAAAAAAAAAAUUCACCAGGCACAAGUCACCUGAUGUUUAAUAGCACUGGAGAUGGACAUUAUCCUGAGAGGAGAUAUGAAAAUAUGUAUUGUCGAGUUGAGAGAGAGAGAGAGAGAGAGAGAGAGAGAGAGAUCCUGCUCAGCCUGCCCACUGAUGCAUAUCUCUCAACUCCUCCACUGGACAGAUCGCUCAUCCGUUUCUACUCUCACUUUGCUUUAUUUUAAGACUCAAAAGCCACCUUACAGAAUGCUCAUAAAGUGUUUAUAAAUCAUUACAAUUAUUGUCCCAGCACUAAAUUAAUUUUUGGGGACCAAAGAAGUUUUAGGACAUUAAAUGUUCAUGCACAAGGAAAAAGAACAGCACCUCAGAUGGAAUUUUUUUCAACUGCAGAGAUCUGAACUAAAUUGUGUUAAUGUAUGUGGAUAGAGUUGGCUAAAUGGAAGUCGAUUUAAAAAUAAAAAUCUAGGCAGAGGGGAAGUCCCACCCCCUUUUAAGAUAGCUUCUGCUCCACUAGCUUUGGCCAGACAAUUUUAAAAUUGGUAAAAAAUUAAAAAUGUAUACACUUAGUAAUAUUGUUAAUAGAUAUUGAUAUAACUUAGAAUUUAGAUGGAAAACCCCAGGAAUAGGUGUCAGCUUUUCAGAAAGUAUAGAUUCCGAGAGAAUCCAUUAAGAAGCCAACGCUAGUAACACAGAUGCUAAGCUAAAAUGGGCGGGGCUUCAGCUAUUUAAACCCUAGAAGACUUAUCACCAGCCCUAGUGCUCAACAUACUGUGCUGCUUGAAGGGUUUCCCCAAAACAAAAGGUUUCAGGAGGUAAUGCACUCAUUCAUUGCACUUCUUCUUUAAAGACAAUAUCAGCAUUUUGUCUUGUGUAACAACUGGGUUUUUGUUUUUCUUCAUGGGAUCCAUGUUCAGCUUCUUGUAUUCUGUUUUUGUUAAUGUCAUACAAUACAGUUAUAUUAGCUGAUUCUGCAUUUUUUUUAAAUAUGCUAAAAAUUCAUAUUGAUCUUAUUAUUAUCAUAUAUUGUUAUCAUUGUUAUUACUAUAUGGGGAAUUUAACCUGAUAAGAAGUUUGUGUUUCUGCACUGAUAUCUUAUUAUUAAAGCAUACUGAUCUUACCUUCCCU